AUGGAAAACAAGAUUUUUUUUAUCUUGUUAUUAUUCUCUGUUUUUUAUGUCUCCUCAGGAAUGUCAAUUGAAUAUUUUAGAUCGAAAACAUUCAAUAUCUUCCAGCCACCUCUCUCGCCUAUCACCACCUCUUUAUUUGAUAAUUUUACAGAUGUAAUGUUUACCCUCUAUGGAGAUGAUAUGAAGAAUAAUCCACCUAUUCUUCUUGGUACCUUACUUCCCCAGUCAGGUACUGAUAAUCCACUUUUUCAAAACCUCUACCAAAACUCCCAAUAUAUCAAGAUGUUAGCCCAUUUUAAUUGUCCAUGUGAAAAGGAAAGUUGUAUUAAAUUCAAUUUCACAAAAUCAGUCAAAGAUCUUUGUUUGAUGGUUGCAUCGGUAGAUGGUUACGAUAGAGUAUCAAUUUCCACUUCAAACCUUGGUGAAGCAAAUGUGAUGAGCAAUUGGACUAUUAUUUUGAAUGGUUCUAUCUCCAAUAGACUUCCUCCUGCUGUAACCCCGGAAAUUAGACACGAUAAGAAUCAGAUUCAACUUGGAUGCUUUGAGGAGCCCAUGGAAAACAUUAAUUACGAAUUGUUCCAACCAGAUAAUCCUUUUGACCAGAUGAAACUAUGCUAUAAAUCUUAUGAUGUUAGAUCUCAAUAUGUUUAUUAUUCUUUCAUUCAAUGUGCUGAAAACAAAGGAACACAAUCCCCAUAUGGUGAAGAAUUUGCACUCAGUGGUUUUGCAUUUGUGGACAGAAUGCACAACAGUCAGUUCUCUGCUGAAAACAUUCCACUUGAAGGAGUAAAAGUUACUUUGUUAUCAAAUGGAGUGCAAACCUAUGACAAGGAUGGUUACUUGAUGCAGCCUGUAUAUACCAACAAAAAAGGAUACUAUUUCUUUCAAAAUAUUUAUAGAAAUAUCUAUACAGUUAAAUUUGAAUACUCCAAUCCAGAUUUUGUUAGUUUCUCAACAAUCCAAUCAACAAAUCAAUCACAACCACUUACGAAUAAAGUCAAUCAACAAGGUAUUACCAUUCCACUUAGAGUAACAACUGCAGCUUUGGGAAAUUUACAACUUGACGAAUUGGAAAAGACCUACAUUACAAAAGGAAAAUCUGGAAUUCUAAGAGAUAUCAAUGCUGGUUUCAUUUUUGAAACUGACGGUAUGAUUAGUGGUACUGUUUUCAUCGACUACAACGCCAAUGGUAUAAUGGAUACCACUCCUGGUCUACAGGCAAUAGAUAUACCUAAACCCAACAUUCAAGUUUUGCUCUUAUUGUCAUCUGAUAAUACCACACUUGUCUCCUCCCGGUUUACAGAUGAAAAUGGAUACUUCUCAUUUACCAAUCUUUCUUACUCUUCUAAAUACACGGUCGAUGUCAAUUUGACUCUAGAUUGGGUAAAGACUAAGCCACCUCCCGCUCCACCAGCCAAUAAAGUAUCAGUUUCCUACUACACCUCUAUCUAUCCAAGUGGAAAUGUUAAUGUUGGUAUCGUAAACUAUGCAGGUUCUUGUCAAGAUAAUCCACCAAUCGCACUUACCUGCUUCACCAAAGGAAGUUAUAACGGUCCAAAUGCUAACGACUCAGUUGUCAUAUCGUUCCCUCUCCAUUCCAAACCUAAUUUGUACAAUGACACCAGCAACAAAGUUAUCCAUUGGGCAACUCAUGGACAAAUCGGUGCUGUCUAUGGUCUUGGAUUCCACAGAAAAUCACAAAGUCUUUUCGUCUCUGCUUUCACCAAAUACUUUACUUCAUAUGGACCUAGUGGUACUGGUGCCAUCUACCGUAUUAUUAUGAAGAGUGAAGUGGUAGAUACUCCCUUUAUCACCACUUUCUUUGACCUCAACAAAAAGGCUGGAGAAAACUAUGCUGGUGAAGAUUUACAUCCUGCCAACAUUACAAACUAUGAUGAAACCAUCGACCAAGUUGGAAAGGCAUCUUUUGGUGAUUUGGAUAUUGAUGAUUACCAAUUCUACACUAUCGCAUUGCAAACGAAAGAACUUCUUACUGUGAGCAUCUCCGAUCCAAACAAAUACAAUUUAACUCAAACCUUUAACCCAUGCGAGAACCAAUCAGAUUGGAGACCAUUUGCCAUUGGUAUCAAUAGUCUAGGUGAACUUCACAUCGGUGGUGUAUGCUCAAUGGAAUCUAGUGACUUGGAAACACCACCAGUAGCAUAUAUUCUCAAGGGCAAUGAAACUGUCAUCUCAUUACAACUCGACUAUCCAAUGGGUUGCAAGAUGUUUGGAAACGGUUUGUGUACACCUGGUCGAUGGGUAAGAUGGUCACCAGUCUACUAUGAUCCACAACCAAUUAUCUCGGAUAUCACCUUUGAACCUGAUGAUUCCAGCUUGAUCAUGUCUAUCAGAGACAGAGGUGGUGAUAUGAAUUUGGAUGUCGGUAUCUACGAUAUGGUGAAGGCAUGCAAGAAUCCAAAUACCGGAAAGUAUGAAUGGGAAUACUUAGGUUCCUGUGGAGGCAAAGUCGGUGCACACCCACGUCCGAGCGGAUACCUUGGUAUGCCAGAUGGUAUUGGUGGUGGCGAGUUUUUCGAUGACAACUUCUUCUAUCCACCCGAUAACACCGGUCAUGACAAUUUGGCAGCAACCUCUUCUUUCUUCAUUCCGGGCUAUCGUUACUUGUUUGGUACCUCACUGGACAUCGAUAGGGUUGGUCAAGGUGCAUUCAAAUGGUGGGACAAAGAUAACGGUACCUUUGCAGGAGGUCUUGGUGUUUACCUACUGGAAAUGAAUAAAAACUCACUAUUUGGAAAAUCCAAUGGACUCGGUGAUACAGCUGCACUCUGUGACUAUGUGGGUGUAGGCAAUUACAGAAAGAAGUAUACGAAUAAUUUAAAGAAAAUCUAA